AUGGCAGCCACUACCACCCUCCCAUCCGGCAUCCCACCCACCCAUCCAGCUGUAGUCGUCACGGCCCCCCGUGCCCCGCUCUCCAUCAUCCAGCGCCCAACCGACCCCCCGGGGCCCGGCGAAGCCCUCGUCCACGUAGAAUGGACCUCAUCAACGCCUCUCGACCUGCACCAAGCUGACGGUGGCCUUCUCAUUGAUCUCCCGUAUGUCGCCGGCUCCAGCUUCGGGGGUACCGUCCUCGCCCUCGGCCCCGCCGAUGCCAACACCCCUGCCGCUCACCACAAGCUGCGUGUCGGCGACCAGGUGUUCGGCAUGGCCUGGCGGGAGCCGCGCGAGCGCGGAUUCCAGACAUUCAUCACGACAGCGACUUACCUGAUGAGUAAACUACCCGAGAACAUUACGAUGCAAGAGGCUGUGACGGUGCCGACGAAUUUGGUAACGGUUUUGCAUACGUUGACUGAGGAUUUGGGGUUGGAGAUGCGGUGGCCUCUUUCUGAUAACUCAAACGCAAAGGAGGAGAAUAAAGGGGAUAAAGAUCAAAAGAAGCAGUGGAUUCUGGUCUGGGGCGCGGGGAGUAGUGUCGGCCAAUACGCCUUGCAGGUGUUGAAGAAUUGGGGCUACCGCAAUGUGAUUGCUGUUGCGAGCAAGAAACACCACCAGGAGCUGCUGACCUUGGGCGCUGCAGUGUGUUUUGACUAUGGAGAAAAGGACGUGACGGAUUUGAUCCGGAAGCAUGUGGAGACUGCGUCGUCGUCAUCAGAUGAUGCGACAAUCCCCUUGGUGCUCGAUUGUAUCGGGUCAUUGGAAGGUUCGCUGAGGCCGUUGACUAGGCUGGCCGAGAAGGGAACGAAAGUGGCGAUUAUGUUGCCUGUCAUCGUCAAGCAUGCUACUGAGGAUGAGUCGCCAGAGUAUGCGAUGGAUGUCACCAAGCUUUUGAAGGGAGAAUGGAAGGAGGGUGUUGUUCUGAAGGGGGUGAGAACGUUUUUAUACACCCAAAACGAGUUCAUGAAGAAUCAUGCCCAGCCGGACAUCGUCCCGGCUUUGUUGGAGCAGGGUGUGGUCAAGCCGAACAAGCAGAGGAUCGUUGAAGGUGCCACAUUGCUUGAGCGUGCUACGAAUGCCCUCAGAAUCCUUAGGGAUAGAGCACAAUCGGGCGAAAAGCUGGUGUGGAGAGUUGACGAGAAGUCGGCUCAGGAUCUGUUCCCGGACCUCUUAGUAUCGAAGGCUGAUCCCACGAAAGCCGAGACAAUCAUUUGAGCCACUGACUUUGCCUUACUUUCUGGCCUAGGACGACUCGACGACUACCGAGCUUUGUAUCAGCACUACUCCUUGCUAAGACUUAUUGGAGAUAACCUUUU